AUGUGUCCUCUCACGCUCGAAUCUCGCAUCAACCCUGAUGUACAUAUACCGGUUUCAGCCGUUGUUUUGAAAAAGCUGACAGGAAAUUUGCCAUCGCAGUCUGUUGACGCAUCAAACUUGGUUGAGCUCAAGGGAUUACGAUUGGCAGAUCCUAACUUUGAUAAACCCGCUUCGAUAGACAUUUUGAUCGGAGCAGAUAUCUACCCUCUUAUUCUACGUGAAGGUGUUAAGAAAGAAAAGGACUUUUCACCAAUUGCUCAAAAUACGGUUUUCGGAUGGGUUCUUUCUGGACCAUGUGAAAGAUUUUGGGAACUCGAAGAAGUUCCAGAAAUAAAACCCUUUUCUAACGAAGAUAAAUUUUGUGAAAAAUUGUAUACGGAUACAACAACUCGCAAUCUAGAUGGCAGCUAUACAGUGAAACUUCCAUUUAAGCCUCACUUAAAUAUAUCAGAUUUAGGUCUUUCCAGAAGUAGCGCAGUUUUACAAUUUCUGAGACAAGAGAAGCGUCUUCUUUGCGAUAUAUCGCUCAGAGAAGAGUAUAACAAAGUUCUGAACGAAUACAUUUCUUUGAAGCACAUGACGCUUAGGUCAAAAGGUGAAUUAAAUCUUUCCACACAGCACUUUUAUUUGCCGCACCAUGCUGUGGUUAAACCGGACAGUGCUUCAACAAAGGUUAGAGUCGUUUUUAACGCAAGUGCUUCUACCAACAAAGGGCAUAGCCUAAACGAUUUUUUGUGUACCGGUCCUGCUCUUCAAAAUGACCUACAAACUAUUUUAUUAAAAUGGCGACAGUAUCCCUAUGUUUUUAAUAGCGAUAUUGAGAAAAUGUAUCGCCAAAUACAUGUUCACCCCGAUCAUCAUAGAUUCCAAAGAAUAAUUUUUCGAUCGUCAAAUUCAGAAUCAGAUUUGGCUGAUUUUGAAAUAAAUAGGGUUACUUUUGGAGUUAACUGUGCUCCAUAUUUGGCAAUCCGAACAUUACAUCAACUUGCCUCUGAUGAAGGAAACCAAUAUCCUUUAGCAAAGGAUAUGGUAUUGUCAGAUUUUUAUGUGGACGACGUUUUUUCUGGAGGGUUCGAUCUAGAUACUGUUGUUCAAGCUCAAACUCAGUUAAAUGCACUACUUUUGUCCGGAGGGUUUUGCUUGAAAAAAUGGACUGCAAACCACCCUCGCUUGUUGGAAAACAUUCCUAGGGGGGAUGUUUUAGACCAACACUUUCUUAUAAUCGAUGAGAAUUCACAUUCGAAAGUUCUAGGUAUAGGGUGGAAUGCAAGGGAAGAUUGCUUCUAUAUUCGAUGUAACCUAUUUUCUUCAACAACUGUUUUGACUAAACGUGAGCUUUUUUCAAAUAUAGCUAAAAUAUAUGACCCUAUAGGUUGGCUUGCGCCAACAACAAUUUUAUUAAAGAUUUUAUUGCAAGAUGUCUGGAAAGACAAAACUGAGUGGGAUGCGCCCAUAAAAUCAACUCGGUUAGAGACAUGGAAAGAUUUUGUGAAAUCCUUUCCUAUAAUAAAGGAUAUCAAAAUUCCAAGAUGGAUCAAUUAUACUCCAGAUAUGUGUGUUGAAAUACACGGCUUUUGCGAUGCAUCUCUAAGUGCAUAUGCUGCUGCUGUCUACUCUAGGAUUUCAGAUUCAUCUGGAAAUGUGUUUAUCAACCUUCUUUGCUCAAAAACAAAAGUGGCUCCCCUAAAAGCCAUUUCCAUACCUCGGCUGGAGCUUUGUGGAGCUGUUUUGCUAACAAGGUUAGUAAACGCUGUACAAAGUAGUCUACGCCUGAAAAACUAUCAUGUUUACCUUUGGACGGAUUCAAUGAUUGUCCUUUAUUGGAUUCGUGACUGCCCAUCUCGAUUGGAAACGUUUGUCCGAAACCGGGUCUCUAAAGUACAAACUGAGAGUCCGCCAGGUUGUAUUUGGAAACAUGUUCCUUCUGAACACAAUCCAGCUGACAUCGCUUCCCGGGGUGUAAUGCCUCAGAAUUUAAUAAAAAACGACCAAUGGUGGCAUGGUCCAAGUUGGUUAAAGAAUUCCCAGGAAACUUGGCCAAUAACGAAGAUUCAAAAGGAUCCCAAUUGGAAUCUUGAAAUCAAACAAAUUAAAAGCUUUGUAGUAAAUCAAAACACAAAUGAUGAUAUUUUGAGAAGAUUUUCAUGUUACUCUCGUGCUAUAAAAGUCAUAUCAUAUUUGUUUAGAUUUAUUAACCUAGCUUCUCGCAAAAGAAAAAGGUUUUAUCCUUUCAGAUACUUUUCUAUUAAGUUAACUCAUCAUGAAUUAACUUUUGUGAAAACUCGACUCGUUGUACUAGCACAACGUUUCUAUUUUAGUGAAGAGUUCAACGCUCUAUAUAACUCGAAACCGUUAAGCAAAAAUAGUACAAUUUUAUCGCUUAACCCUACCUUAGACUCUGACCUAAUCAUGAGAGUCAACGGUCGUUUAACCAAUGCAAAUUUGAGUUACAAUGAAAAAUACCCAAUAAUAUUGCCAUACUCAUGUCCGUUGUCGAAAUUGCUAGUAGGAUUCUUCCAUAGAAUUUCCCUACAUGGAGGGAACCAACAAGUCAUGUACCUCAUGCGAAAGUCAUUUUGGAUUCCAAAAGUAAAAAACUUAAUAAAAUCAUUUGCCAAUAGUUGCAUUGUUUGUGUUUUACACAAAAGGGAACUUCAAACCCAAAUUAUGGGAACACUUCCACCCGAAAGGGUUAACUAUUCCUUUCCAUUCACUCAUGUUGGAUUGGAUUUCGCUGGCCCCUUUGAACUAAAGGUUCAAAAGGGUCGGUUCUAUCAAGCAGUAAAAGGUUAUGCUUGUCUUUUUAUUUGUCUCUGUACAAAAGCUGUACAUUUAGAAGCGGUAGGAAGUCUCUCAACGGAGUCGUUUUUAGCUGCUUUUGAUAGAUUUGUCGGUCGUAGAGGUGUUCCCCAACAACUUUUCUCUGAUAACGGCACCAAUUUUGUUGCUGCUAAUAAAAUAUUAAAAAGGGAGUUGAAAAAAGCCGUAUCAGAAGCUACAUUGGAAGCUGAAAAACUCUAUCUACCAAAGAAUUUGAAGUGGAAUUUCAUUCCACCAGGUUCUCCUCAUAUGGGCGGUCUAUGGGAAGCUGGUAUAAAGUCGUUUAAAACACACUUUAAGAAGGUUGUUGGAAACUCCAGGCUAACGUUUGAAGAGUUUUCAACACUGCUUGUUAAAAUUGAGUCAUGUAUGAACUCCCGCCCUAUUUCUCCGAUUAGUGAGAACCCUUCUGACCCUCUUCCCUUAACACCGGGACAUUUUUUAAAAGGUGCACCCUUGCUCUCCUUACCCGAAAGCCAAGUUGGCGAAAUUGCAAAACUAAGGAAUUGGGAAAGAGUCCAGCAAAUUUUAUACUCUUUUUCAAAACGAUGGAAGGAGGAAUAUUUGACCGAUCUUCAACGAAGAACAAAGUGGAAAUUUCCUAAGCGUAAUAUCAAAGUUGGAGACGUUGUAGUUGUGCGCAACGAAAAUCUACCACCCACUCAAUGGCGACUGGGAAAAAUAGUGGCUGUUCACCCUGGAAAAGAUGGAAAGGUUCGCGUUGCUACCGUUAAAACUCAACAAGGCGAAAUUCUACGCCCUAUAGUUAAAUUAUGUCUCUUGCCUGUCGAUCAGGAAGUGUUCCAGUAUUCUCAAUACCUACCAACACGUUUGAAUCAUGUUGCAGUAUACAUCACGCUGCACAAGGACGGAGAGGGAAAUCUGAUUACCGAUCAUGCAGGCAUAAUGGUGCGCUGGAAAGUGUACAUUAACGAAUUGCUUAUCGGUCAGCUCACUGACGAAGUGGAUGCUCCACCUUUUCAAGAAGAAGCACAUAUGCUAUCGCAACCAAGCAAAGAAAAAGUCGAGAAGGCUGUAAAAAGGCUUAAAGUAAAAAAGCCCCAGGAACCGAUGGCAUAUCCGCUGAGCUAUGUCAACAUGGUAUCUCAGCUUUACAACGAUUAA